AUGACCAGCUAUGACAGACAUUCCACAUUCGAUUCCCCCUACCGAACCGGUCGCCAUGUCCCCCUCCAGAACGGGGGGAAUGGCAUCAUGACUGGCGUGGCCACCGCCUCCGAUUCCCGAGCCGACAUCACAUCACCCUACUCCGACGAUACUGGUCGAGCAUCGCCCUUGCCGCCUGGUGCCCGUUCGCCCUCGAAUACCCCUUAUUCCCCUGGCCUGCGCUCUCUCGGCGCGCGCAAUGCCAGCCAAGGCGACGGCUUCGAGGUCCAGAGCCCAGGCGAUGUUCAGAUGCAGAACUUUUCCGACGGUCUCCCUCCCGCUCCCCCAGUCGCUCACUCCUGGAGGCGGAUAGAUGCUUGGGCUGAUGAGAACUACCCCGAACUUUACGAUCAGUUAUGUGAAGGCGCCACCAAUAACGAUUUGAAUGAUUUAGAGCACCAGCUCGACUGCUCACUCCCCCAGGACGUCCGAGAAUCUCUCAUGAUUCACGAUGGCCAGGAACGAGGAGGAAACCCAACAGGAAUCAUCUUUAGUCACAUGCUGCUUGAUUGCGAGGAAAUUGUGCAGGAGUGGGAUAACUGGAGGACUGUUAACCACCAAUACUUGCUCGAGACGUCAGUCGCUAAACCCGCCACUCCGUCAAAGGCUUUUGGUGGAAGCAACGAGGCGUCAUCUUCGAGGCAAGGCGCUGCCGCUGGCAACAACCCUGGCGUGUGGCGACAGGACCUUAUCUCUCGCCAGGACUCGGUCCCCCCCAACAGCGUUCAGAAGGCAUAUGCCCAUGCCGGCUGGAUUCCCCUGGUCCGUGACUGGGGCGGCAACAACCUGGCUGUCGACGUCGCGCCCGGUCCUGGUGGUCAGUGGGGUCAGAUUAUCCUCUUUGGCCGCGAUUACGACACCAAGUACGUGGUAGCCCGCUCAUGGGCCGCCUUCCUGGCUGUUGUUGCAGAUGAUCUCAACAGCGGCAAGUGGUAUGUGGACGAGGACACAAACGAGCUCAAGCUGCGAGAGUUUAAGGAGGCACGAGUUGAGCCCUCGUAUUUCAGCAUUCUGCGGUGGAGGAUGGACCAGAAGUAUGGACGACGGGCUCCGUCGAAGCGAAGGUCAAUGGGACCCAAGCCAAACUCCCCGCUUGGCUCCCGCUCCUCUUCGCCUUACGCCAGCGGUGGAGAGAAUGGUGAGGGUCGUGGCAGGUCUAUGCAGCGCCUCAGCGGAUCGUCUCCCCUGGCAAGUCCGAUGCGACCUGGUUAUGGAAAGGCAACUCCCUUGAGUAGGGUCACGGAGGAGUCAGCAAUUCCCGCCGAGCUCGCCAGCGCACACAUCCAGCCCGAGAAGCUCGUCGAGGUCGAGACGCCAAGGCCAAGCGACGAAGGCAAGGCCCCCAAAGUCAGUACCAAUCUGCCUCGGGUAGAAUCGGACCUCCUCAAGAUUGAGGAAGAGACGACAUCGCCCAAGGUGAACGGCAAGAAGCCCGAAGUAGCAGAGGAUUCGAUGAAGACGAUCGAGAUCUGA